GGACCCGGAGCUGGAGAGGAAGGCUGUGGAAGAGUUACUUAAAGAGGCAAAACGUGGGAGAACCAGAGCUGAAACAAUGGGAGCUAUGGGUUGGUUGAAAUGUCCUCUUGCUGGUACAAAUAAAAGAUUUCUUAUUAAUACCAUCAAAAACACGUUACCGUCUCAAAAAGAACAAGACCAGGAACGUGAGCAAAAGGAAGACAGUAAGGAGCCUGAGCCAAACAAAAGCAGGAAAGAAGAAAAACCAAAGAAACGCAGAAUUCACCCAUAUACACCCAGCUUUCAGUCCAGAAGGAGAGUCAGCUACUCUCCUCCGAGGCACCGAAACAGGAACCAGCACACAAAGGAUAAGCAUGAAAAGCGAUCAAGCAAACGAUGAGGGGAGGAGAGUGACGAAUAUGUGGUGUUUCAAGCCAGGAAUGUCAUUAAGUGUCAGACUGCAGGGAUAUCUCAGUUUUUCAGGAAAAGAUGCUGUUCAAAAUUGAAUUUGCUUGUGUGAGAAGUAACCUUGAGGUAGCUUUAGGGAACUUUUCUUUGGGACCUUUAAGAGAAAAGCAAAGUGCAGCAUAAAUCUGAGUGGUUUUAGAACAGACAUUCCUUUCCCUUUGCUCUGUUCCUCUCUCCCCUUCUGACUAAGCUUAGGGUCUGGGUGAUGCAGCGUGAGACGUGUGUCGCUGUCCGAGACAACUCAUUUAGUCAUGUUGCUCCUUUGGAAAUAAAUCUGAAUUAAGCAGAAAUCUAUUUAUUGUGUGAAGUUGGCAGAACUUCUUUGCUGCUAACCAAUGAAGAAGUUUUGUGUGUUCGGGUUAGUUUAGUUUUACAGAGUCUAGAAGAAGGGAAAACUUUUUGUAUAGAGUAUAAGAGUUUGCUUUCUUCAGUAUAAAAAGAAAAAAUUUGAAAUGGUCAACACUGGUUUUGCUUUCCUGGAGGAACUACCUGGAAAUGCUGAUUUUGCUUGUUAUUGUAUAUUCACAAACCUGUCAUAGAUAAUAAUAAACAUUACCCCUAAAAAGCCAUAACUGCAAUAAUUGUCUCUGUUUAGACUUCCCUCUGUACGGAAGUAGUUUGAACAGUGUGUUGUCAUGGUGCUUUCGAAACGAACCUUGAAGACAAAAUUAUCAUGUUUUCUGUCCACUGCUAAGAAGUUUCCAAGUAAAUGUGUAAUACUAGAAAUGCGGAGGUGAUACCUAAAAACAGUCAAAUGCUCACUUUCCAGGCCUGUGUGACAAUUCUGUAGUGAUGCAGUUCUUAAACUUGUGACUUGGAGCACACGUGAUACACAUCGGUAUAUUCUACAUCUCAUUUCUGUUUGUGUUACAAUAACAAACUUCUGUGUGAAAUAUUUUGUACUUCAGUAUUCUCAGAAGUAAUUGUUUUGAACAUAGGUUUCCGUUUUUAGGUGUGUUGACAAUAAAAUCUAAAAUGAUAAUUAAAAGUGCUGUGUGGAAUUAAUGCUUUUAAUGGGUUUCUAAACUGACAGGGGCCUCUGUCCUCUAAGGGACAGGAGGACCAGGGCUUCAUGGUCCUUCAGUGUUGUGUCAGGCCAAGAGUGCCACCUAUAGGCUUCUCUAUAGCUCGUCUUACUAUAUUUGCCUGUCUCCUGGAAAGAUCAUGUUAGCCAGGAGAUGGGGAGACCGAAGUGGAGAUCUGCUGUGGCUGAGUUUUGAUGCAUGAGCUGGGAAUUAUUCUUUUGAGUAAUGAGAAGGCUCAACACCUGCUGAACUACCUACUGGUGGCUGCCAGGGUCAGCGCAUCCAACAAAGUGGGAUGCUUUUGCAUUUCCACUGAGGGAUUGUGGAUAGUUUCUCUGUUUCCCUGCAGCAACCAUAGCACUAGAAUAGAAGUCACAGAAUCAGAAUCACAGAAUCUUCUAGGUUGGAAGGGACCUCAAAGAUCAUCUUGUCCAACCGUCAACCUAACUGACAAACCUUUCAGAAAAUUUCCACUGAUUUAAGUGGAAUCAAUGAAAAAGUAGUAUGUUAGGAGAAUGGAGGACUCUCUUUGGUUUAAAUAAACCCAUGUUGUCUGCAUUCCUUAUUUCACUGUACACUGGUUGUAUUCUCCUUAAUACUCCUGUUUGGAAGAACAGCACCCAUGGUACUGGCCAGGCUGCAGUGAUGGUGCUGGAUGGAUGUGGCUUUACAGCAGAGAAUUCAUCUCACCAUUGGUCAGGGUUGGGGCUGGAGGACAAAUCACAGGACAAAUCCCCCUGAAUUCUUGCGGUGAUAGUAUGGUGUGCUGAGAGCUUUCCACACUCUGGCAUUCAAACACCCCUGUAGGAUAAGGGCUGCUAUUGAUUCUACAUCAAUUUAAAGGCUUUCGGGUAGGGAAAGUGAUGAGAGUGUGUUUUCAAAAUGAGUGGAUUGUUGAUAGAGAGUGAUUCCAUACUAGAAAUGCUCGACUAGAGGAACUGGUGUGACCUAAACCAGGUAGUUGGAGAAAGCCUGUCUUCCUCGGUGGUGGUAAGCUCAGAUCUAAUUGCACUUUUUUAAUGAAUUCCAGAACAUAAGUGAAUUAUUAAUCUUUUAUUGGUUGAUUCCAUAUUUUUGUGCUGUCUUCCAUAAGUGUGCAUAACAGAAAACUGCUGCUCAUUAACUGUUCUUAAGACAGAUCUUCACCUCCUGAUCACUUUAAUAAAAAAGUGGGUGCAAAAAGCCAGAUCUGUGUUGUGUCUGCAGUUGCUUAUAUUGUGCAGCACCAGCAUCACUUUUGUAAAGCAUCUUAAAGAUGGGAUUUAAACCCUGAAACUUGGAGCUGAAUGUGACUUUUCAAAAUGUGUUAUUACUUGCUGUAACUCAGAACACUUGUAAAAGUGCAUAGUCCUAAAUAAAUACAUGAACAAAUAAA